CGGGAAACUGAUAAACCUAGUGAGAGAAAGCCAAGAAACAAUGAAUCUUAGUGAGAGAAAGUGAGGAAGAACCAAGGAAACCGAGCCAGCGUUGAAGUCUUGUAGAAUGGCAAGGCCGCCGCUUUGAAUGCCACUCACCCCUACUUUGAAUUUGAAACCAAAAUCGCCCCUCUCUCUCCCUCCCCUGUAUAAAACCUUUCCUGGACUGCUGCCUUUCUUCAUGUUUUUCUCCUUUCUCUCUCUAGAUUUCUCUGAGUUUCUCUCUCUACAAAACCCAUUAGUUUUUUUCCUCCAUCUCCCUUCCUCUCUCUAGAAUUCACAAGCCCAAUUUCGAUUCUCUAUCUCUUUCGCUGCAAAUCAUUCCCGGCCUUUUCACCCUCUUCAUCAGAUCAAGACUGUCUUACUCUCUCCCCUGUAGAACCCAAGUUUCGAAUUUCUCCAUAUUCUCUCUUCUCAUUUCACAAUUUUACCUUCUCUCUCUAAACCCCACAAAAUUUCUUUCAGACCCCAAUUCUCUGAAGGCUCUAAAAUGGGGGAUUCAUUUGUCAACACCAAUUUUGAGACUCCCCAACAACCCCAAUUUGUAGAUGGAAAGGUGCUGGUGGCUGGUAUAAUUGUAUUGCUUAUUGCUGUUGUAUUUGUUCUCUUUCUCCAUCUCUAUACAAGGUUAUAUUGGAGUAGGAACGGUACAGACGCUCUCAUAAUCAGAAGAAGGUUUGUUUUCGCUAGUGAUCUUGACCCAGUUCUAGUUCAGAGACAAGGACUUGAUGCAUCAAUUAUAGAGAGCCUUCCUGUUUAUGACUUCGAUCUAAAGCGAGAGAAAGAUGGGCUCGACUGUGCUGUUUGUUUAUGUGAGUUUCAGGAGAAUGAGAAAGUUCGAUUGCUUCCGAAAUGUAAUCACAAGUUUCAUAUCGAGUGUAUAGACAUGUGGUUUCACUCUCACUCUACAUGCCCUCUCUGUAGAAGCUGUGUGAAGAUGGAGACACCAUUGAUCGAGAGCUCUGAGAAUUCGAAUUCAGCUGGGUCCGAGACUUCGAUCCAAAUCGUUGUUCCCAUUGAAGAGAACCAGGAUUCAGCCACUAGAGAAGAUGGUCCUAAUUACCCAACAAACGUUUUGUUUUGGGGUAAUCAAGACCAAUUGAAUUCUGGUUUGGAUUCUUCAAGUUCGGAAGAGAGGUCGCGUUCUUUGAAGAAAGUUUCAGAGAAUCUGGUGAUUGAAAUCCCAAGAAGAGGAGAUGCUUGGCGUUCCCUGAGAGUUGCAGAUGGUGAAUCAUCGGAGGGGGGAUCGUCGAGUGGUUUGUCUCUGAAGUCGCCCGUCGCCCGGUUUCGAUCCUUGACGAGGAUGCUGAGUAGAGAGAAAAGGAGUGUUCCUUGCAGUCCAAUUGGUGGAGAGACAAGAAGUGUUCCUUGUAGUCCACUUGGUGGUGAUCUAGAACAGGGAGUUGGAGGAAGUAAUCAUAAUUAGAGGUUGGUGCCUGGUGGGGAGAUUCUAGAGAGAAAUUAUAUGAUGAGAAUUCCUCAAAAUUGUGGGUGUAUGUUCAAGGAAAGUAGUCAAAAUUAGAGAUUGGUUCUGAAACUCUAGAGAGAAGCUACAGGCAAAGAUAUGUUUCCUGUUCAAAAUUGGAGGUGGGUAUUGAAACCUCAUCUAUGAUGUUUCUUCACCAUUGGGUGUUUCUGUUUCAGAGGUGGGUUUCUUAUUACAAUUUUAGAGAGACGCUCACUUGUUUGCAAAGAGGAGAGAAAAAGAAGAGUUAGGGGUAGGGGUUGAAUGAGGAAUCGCAUAUAUUGGUCUUUCUCAAAUUAGGUGAGGGAAACAUGAGUUAUAUGGAGCUUGAGGGACUUGUGAAAAGUAGUAGCUGUGAUCUGUAAAUAUUUAACUGAUGUUUCUGAACUCUAGGCAAUAAUGUCAGAAGAUUCAUGGGAGCCGAGCAAUGCUCUGUGCUCUGUUCUGUACGGUGAAAUUCUUUGAAAUUACAUGGCCUGGCCAAUUGUA